UUGGUUGAAUGUAAGCGAUAUGUGUUUCAUAUCUGCAUAAGUUAUUGACUAAUUAAUCAGUAGUUGAACUCGUCAGACCAAUUGUAUCAAAUCAGUGAAACGACUCCAAACUAAUCUGAGAUCGUAACUGAUCCUUCAUUUCAUAUAAUAUCAGUUACUGCUCUGCUAAUUUUGCAUUGGAAAAGACAAAUUAGUCAUUCAAAAAUAUUUCUUAAAAUGCCUUCAAUGAAUCCUGGACUUGAUUUUGACUCCAAAUAUCUUGAAAGUACCUCAGUUUCACCUUCAUGUGUCGAAAAAUUAGCCAAUCACAUUGUGCUAACAGUUAGUAGUCCUCAAUUUUUUAACCAAUCAGAAGACUUCACCAAAGCCAGAGAUAGACUUGAUUGGCUGAUAAACACAAUCGAGUUUAUCGAUUUGACAACUCUUGCCGGCGAUGAUUCGAAAGCUAAUGUCAAUCGUUUGUGCUAUUCGGCUAUCAACCCGAUUCCGAACAAACUUGAGAAAUCGUUGGAUACUUAUCGCGAUGGCGGAAAAGUGAAAUGUGCUGCAGUUUGUGUGUAUCCAGCAUGUGUUGGUUACGUUAAAAGUUCAUUGGAUCUCGAUGAAAGCGCAACUCGUCGACCGAGCAUUGCGGCUGUUGCGACUGGGUUCCCGACUGGACUUUUCGGGUUAAAGUCACGCCUGGAGGAAAUAAGAUACGCAGUGGCUGAAGGUGCGGAUGAGAUUGACAUUGUGAUCCAGCGAAAGUUAGUGUUGAGUGGCCAAUGGCGACAACUGUACGAUGAAAUUAGACUGUGCAAACAGGUGUGCGAGGAGGGAGGAGCGUGUAUGAAGACUAUUCUCUCCACUGGCGAAUUGGGAUCACUCUCUAAUGUGUAUAAGGCUUCUAUGGUAGCCAUGUUGGCUGGCAGUGACUUCAUCAAAACGUCCACCGGAAAGGAGAGUGUGAAUGCCACCCUUCACGUAGGCAUUGUAAUGUGCAGAGCUAUCAAAGACUACCAAAGAAUCUUUUCAAGACUUACCAAUGGUCAGAUAAAAGUCGGACUGAAACCAGCAGGAGGACUGAAAACAUUCACACAUGCAUGUCAAUGGAUACACCUGGUCGAUACUUAUCUCGGAUCUGAUUGGCUUAAACCGACUAUGUUCCGAAUCGGGGCCAGUUCCCUUCUGGAUGAUGUGAUCAAUGAACUGUCGAAACUUCUGCUAAAUCGACCGAUUGAGACGGAUGAUUAUUAUUACGACUAACAGCGAGAAAGUUUCAUCAAAUAGACUUGUGAACUUAAGUUGCAUUUCGAUGCUUAUGCAGAUAACUCAAAAACUAUGUUAUAACAGUUGUCAUAAUCGAAUUGCGUAGUAUUCU